AGGAUGGAGCUGACUGUGUGUAAACGGGGUAGACUGUGGACGAAGAGUUUCUGCGCUGCUUUCAGGCCUCCUGAGCAGCAAGAACAGCCUCGCUGAAACACUCCACUGUAGCCAUCAUGAAGCUCUGGCUCUUUUUCACACUGGCAUUGCUUUGGCUGGAGGUCCAAAAUGGUGUGUGUCAGCAGGUCAAGCAUAAGAAAGAGGCUGGUGAGAACCGCAUAAGACCAGGAAGAAAGAGGGUGAAGGUUCGCUAUCCCAAAGUAAAAGAAAAGGAAGCAGGAAGCAAGGGCCAGUCUAUUCUCACCCAGGUCCUUGAUAAAGGCCGUUUUCUCCGAUUGGGUGAAAGCCUAUCCUUGAAUCCUGGGAAAACUUUGGAACUGAGAUGCAAAGGAACUAAGAUUGGCUGGGCAUAUCCCUCAUACCUGGACACCUUCAAUGAUAACCGCCUCAGCAUCAACCAGCAAGAGCGGUACAGCCAGUUGAUUCUCACGUCGCCCUCUGCUGCUGAUACGGGGGAGUACAGCUGUUGGGUGGUGCUCUGUGACGGAGAAGAAUGUGAAAAGGAUGGAGACACCACCUCUUCUACCUACAUAUACUUUACAGACAAAGAUGAGCUGUUCGUCCCCUCUGCCAUCCAUUUUGAGAUUAUUUACCUGCGCCCCGACAAGCCCGCCACCGUCCCUUGCCGGGUGACCAACCCUAAAAUCAAAGUCUCGCUCCACAGGGAAGUUCCUGCGGAAGAAAUCGCUGUGGAUGGGACACAGAUAUCUUACAAUCCCGCUAAGGGUUUCAUCAUCCAAAACCCAAGUCCAGAACAUAAGGGAGCUUAUUAUUGCAAGGCCAACAGCACCACCAAAACCACCUCGCAAAUAUCCACUAAAUACCGGCUGCUGUAUGUGGAGGUGCCUGGUGGCCCCCCUUUUGCGACUAUUGAGGCUUCUUCAAACAAAGUGAGUGGUGGAGACAUCUUUAACGUUACAUGCACUGUCCUGGGCGAACCUGAGGUGAAUGUCAGCUUCAGCUGGAAGUAUCCUGGCCAGGGUCAAAGGCCUGUGAGCAUUCAUGACUCCUGGAGGCUGAUAAACCGUGGUGUGGGACACACCACACGCAUCUCCCAGAGCGUCAUGAUUGUGGAUGAUGUUGAAACGAUUGACUAUGGAAAGUACAUCUGCACCACCAAAAAUAAGAAUGGAGAGACAUUGGUGGCCACAUCAGUGGAGUCACAUGACUAGAAAGAACAUCAAGAUUAUAUAUUGAGCUGAGCUGAACUCGAUUCACACUUCAGGCUUCUUGCUGCUUAAUUAAAUCAUUAUAAAAACAUGCAUUCUAUAUAUGACUUGGAAAUAAAGUGCUUCUUGUUCAAUGGUAAA